AACGCGACGCUCGAUUUUCAAGAGAUUAUCUACCUGAGCAUGCCGUAUCGGACCGACAGACAGGACCAGCUGUCGCUCAUUGCUGCUGUGUCGGGGUUGAAGCUCACCAUGCUUCCUGGUGUACCGCAUGCGAACGCAUGGCGUUAUAUAAUCGACAACGAUAUUCAGAGUGCGCUCAUCAUUGAGGAUGACGUGGACUGGGACGUGAAUAUCAAGGACAUCAUGGGCUUGAUGAACUGGCAGCUUCGAUACAACAACACGAUCCGGUGGGGUGCGGGCAACGUGCAGCAAGGCUGGAAUGAGGACUGUCCUUAUGCAGGCUGCGACUGGGACGAACUUUUCGUAGGCCAAUGCGACGGCAAGCAUAACCCUGAGCGCCUCGACCUGCAUUCCGUUUUCCCCGACCCAAACUCGGACAAGUUGGAGAAUAUGCCCGAUUGGGUGCAGAAAGAUAUGACAGAGGUGUGGAAUCUUACUGAAUCCGAGGGCAUCCGGGUCCUCUCGGCCACCUUCCAGCCCAUCUGCCUCAUGGGAUACGGAGUCUCGCGGAUGGGCGCCAUGCGCAUGCUGUACAGAAUUGGCGGCUGGCUCCCCUUUCAAGAUCCGGUGGACCUCGAGAUUGCAAGGCGGACGGCUGAGGGCGGUCUCAGCGGAUACACUCUGACCCCUCCCGCCUUCACCUCUUGGCGUGUCGGCGGAAGCCAAGACUCAGAU